GCACCUGUCUCUGUCAGGCAUGGCUACAGUCUGGAAAUAAAACUUUAGGGAAUCAAAGAGUAAAUCCUCCAAGUUUUAGCUUCAAAAACAGGCAUUUGUGGGUGCAUAAAUGUGACUUUUAAUUAGAAAUGAACAAUAUACGGGACAGUCCUCCCUCUGUGAAAGAGCUGCAGAAGGUUUUGUUUGGUGGGAAAAGAUUUGGAAACCAUGAGGAUGAAGUUUGGCCUAACCUCUUCAUUGGGGACAUGUCAGUCGCCAAUGAUCGCYACAGUCUAUGGAAGCUGGGAAUUACUCAUAUUGUGAAUGCAGCUCAUGGGAGGAUGUUCUGUCAGGGAAGUCAUGACUUUUAUGGACCCUCAGUGGAUUAUUACKGAGUCCCUGCAGAUGAUUCACCAACCUUUGACCUUUCUGGCUAUUUCUUGCCCGCCGCUGACUAUAUUCAGAAAGCGCUCGACGCAGAUGGUGCUCGAGUUUUAGUUCACUGCGCAGUCGGAGUGAGCAGGUCUGCCUCYCUCGUCCUGGCCUACCUGAUGAUCCACCACGGCUACACCCUGUUAGAGGCCAUCAAUAAAGUCAAAGAGCACAGGUGGAUUUUCCCAAACAGGGGGUUCCUCAGACAGCUUCGAGCUUUGGAUGUGAAACUGCACAAGGCUUCAGCUCAUAAAUGAACCUGAGCAUCAGUUUUCCUGCAGACAAACAAAGCAAGCGGAGGGAGAUGCUGGUCGUUUGACUUUAAGCUGUUUGUUUCAGGAGUGAAAAGAAAAAAAAUGCUGUUUGAU